AACAAUAUGGCGGUCGGAGUGAAGUUGACUUUUAGGACUUGAGAGGACUUUAUUCACAAAUUUGUCGGCUGCGAAAGAAAUGAUUACUAUCAAUCCUUUGGCCAACCCAAAGGGUGUCAAACUUUUAUGUGAGUUGUGCCAGAAGCCAGCAUUUGUUCAAUGUACGGACUGCCGAGUAACUUACUAUUGUGGUCCUGAGCAUCAGAAAACUGAUUGGCUUGGAAUUCAUGAAAAGAUAUGUCAGUUGUUAAUUCCAUUGCGAACACCCAUUCCAUUUCUUGGAUCAGAAGAAGAAAGGCAGCACAGGAAACAACAGCAAAUAGUCAGACAGACACAAAUGAUUGAAUUAUGCCGCACAGAGGGUCAAAAGUUGCUCUUUGAAGGUAGAUAUGACAGAGUAGUUCCAGCAGCACUGGAAUCCUUAAAGUUCUCUAUUGAGGUUUAUGGCUUGAGUAGCAUUGAGCUUGUCCCUUCAUACCUUAUACUGGGAGAGGCAAGUAUAGGUCUUGGUCGGUUAUCUCAAGCAGAGGAGUAUUUAGCUCAAGCCCAGUGGACAGUGCUUAAGACUCCUGAAUGUCCAGACAGUAUCAAAUCAAAGCUCUUCAGGAACUUGGGUUUGCUGUAUGCGGCACAGGGAAACUACCCUGAUGCUCUCUCACAACUAGCUGAUGAUAUCUAUCACUCAUCCAGAGUGCAUGGUACAGAUGACAUUAGGACCUCUGGUGGAUAUUUUCACAUGGCCAAUGUGUUUUACAGGCAGAACAAGUUGGAUGUAGCAUUUUCUCUGUACAAUCAAGUGACAGACAUCUGGUUUGAACACCUUGGCAAAUUGGUGGGUCAGAGAACCAAAACGCCUGCAGAACCUUCUGGGAUAGGACCAGCCUUCAACUCUGGUGUACCAACAGAUUUUGAUGUUUUAGACGAGGCUCAAGAAGCAGAGGCUAUCCAGGUGGUAAAUGCCAUAUUGGACCUGCGAGAGCAGCAGACAGUGCAAACUCCUGCAGUCAUGUGUAAAAUAUAUUUCACCACAGCCAUGUUACAGUUUAUUUUGGGAGAUAUGCCAAAAGCAAGAGAUUUUGGGAUCAAAGCUCGAACUGCCUGCGAGAGUGCAGUUUCGUCUGACGAAGGAACCAUGAGUAAUCUCGUUGAAUUUUUGAAAGCUGUCGAGAGAUUUAUGUAGCGAACUUAAGUCAGCGAUAGAAAGCGUUCUUUUAAAGCGAUGCCAGUGAGUAUUUACGAUCAUUCUUCGGAAGAGAAAAGUCUCAAGUACUUUUUUUAAAAAGUUGAAAUAAGAAAUUAUUUUUCUCUAUUUGGAUUUUAGUGUUAUUUUUGUCUUAAAAUGUUCCUAAAAUCCGAUCUUGUGAAAAAGGAAUUACAUCGUGCAGAAUUUUUUAAAAUUUUUGCAAUUCUUUUCAUGAGGACCAUCCACAAGUUCUUGUACUUAUGUGCAGUUCAUCUCCGCCACUUUCAUAAAAUCUAGCUUUAUACCUGUAAGUCAACAAAAUCUUGACCGGUCAAGCAAGGAGUUUUUAAAUAACUUAAUCUUAUACAAAACUUGUGAUGCAACCCACCGAGAACGAGUUAAAGCAGGGAGGACUUUUUAGAGUCUUGGUAUGGCCUUGUAGUUGUAACUGACCUAAUGUAAAUAGAUGUGCAUAUCCGACAAUUUUACGCAUUCGUCAAACACUUUUUUUUAAUUUUGCGCUUAGGUAUCUUGUUGAUAUAAGUUAUUUUCACGAAGAAUUGUCUGCGCAUAAUCCUCUUUUUUGCUGGCUUUUAUUUCGUCAAUAGUAUUUCCCUUUCUAGACGUAAAUACCUAACUGUGAAACGAUUAUUAAAUGUAAAAAAUCGUUGUCACCA